AGGAGGAAAAAGAAAGCAAUUAUAUCACAACCAAAAGGGGCUCUGGUUGAGCCAGAAAGACGAAAAUGAAUCUGUAACCACAUUGGGAAAAACCUUACCCUUUUCAUCAUUUGUGAUCUUUUCUACUUUCCAAAUUUCCAGGAUAUCUUUCUAUAUAGGAUUCCAUAGAUACAAAGUUCAAAUUUGGAGUUUGAACCUUUGAUCUUCUUCUAGUAUUUAGUAGAAAGCAUUAUGGAUGGCUCUAUGAAACGAAGAACGCUGCUUAAGGUCAUCGUCCUCGGAGAUAGUGGGGUGGGAAAGACUUCUUUGAUGAAUCAAUAUGUGUAUAAGAAGUUCAUUCGACAAUACAAAGCUACAAUCGGUGCUGAUUUUGUGACAAAGGAACUUCAUAUUGAUGACAAAUUGGUGACCUUGCAAAUUUGGGACACAGCAGGGCAAGAAAGAUUUCAUAGUCUUGGCGCAGCAUUCUAUCGGGGAGCAGAUUGUUGUGUUCUUGUUUAUGAUGUGAAUGUUUUAAGAUCAUUUGAAACACUUCAGAACUGGCAUGAAGAGUUUCUCAAACAGCAGGCAGAUCCAGCUGAUACUGAAGCAUUUCCAUUUAUACUGCUCGGCAACAAAAUUGAUAUAGAUGGCGGAAACAGCCGAGCGGUUUCUGAGAAGAGAGCCCAAGAAUGGUGUGCUGCCAAGGGUAACAUAUCUUACUUUGAGACAUCAGCAAAAGAGGACUAUAAUGUUGAUGAAGCAUUUCUAUGUGUAGCAAAUAUAGGACUCACCCAUGAACAUGAACAAGACAUUUUCCCAUGCAGUUACUUCAAAGGUAUAUCAGAAACUGUUUCAGAAGCAGAGCAAAGAGGAGGGUGCGCAUGCUAAGUAAUUCUUGAAGCUCUCUUCAUUAAUUUUACUCUGAAUAUUCUUUUCAUUUUUCAUUCUUAUGACAGUGGAAGAUAGUGUGUUGCCCAUCUCAUGUGCAUACUACUACCACCUUGUCCGGGUGUAAUAAGUUGUCUACUUUUUAUGUAAGAAAGCUAGUGAUCAAGUUUCG